GCGCUGGUUGUUUGGCAACAACCGCAACAACUCGAGACUCGGUGUGUGACCAGCGCUCCAAGGCUCCAUCAAGAACGGGAGCCACGGACGCCCCCCUCGUUAUCCUGAGCUCCGGGCGCCGGGCGAAUCUGGGUGAAACGUGAUCCGAGGGCACAUUUCUGGGACGGUGUUGAAAGAAAACCGAUACAUCUUUCGCAGCUCCCAGCCCCCAGCCAGCGGUGGUAGUACACACCAGCGCACCAGAGAGAUGGUGCGGUGUUAGUGGUUUAGCAGAAUGGGAAAGAGAUAAGCGAGAGUGAUAAGACUGCGACGCCGACGACGACGACGACGACGACGACGCCGAGAACAGCCAGCGCAAGCUUCGGCUGGCCGAGACGAGACGAGUGCGACGUGCGAUACAGUGACGGCAGGACUUUCCCUUCCUUGAGUGUCGUAUGGCGUUGGUGGUGACCGGGAAACGGUCUAGUCUGGAUAGAAGACGAGCCCUCGGUGGGUGGUGAAUUUUCCUUCCCAACACCGAGAACACCGAGUACCGGGAACGAAUCGUCGUCAGCACCGGGUAUCAGUGAGCUUUCGUCCGGCGAACAGUACGGCCACGAAGUGCCACCCAUCGAGGAACCGGUCGUUUCAUCGUUAGCCAUCGGAUCGUUGGACAUCGACAUCGGAGUGAAGCGCCCGUCCCGUGAACAGUGUGCAAUUUGAAAUUCGGCUACGUUCCGCCUGGCAAACGAUACGUGUGAAAUCUGCACAGGUAAAAAAAAGAUUCUGUUUUAGCAUAAACACUCCAAGUACCCGGUUACGCUUGCUCUCCUGUAUGCAUGAGAAUUGAUUAAUUAGGUGUAGAACAGAAGAGCGAAUUCAAUACCGAUCAUAUUUAUUUGUCCGUUUGUGACAUAAACAAACACACAUUCCGUCGCAUCUAUAUUUCAUCCUCACAUCUGUGCUCAAUAUCGAAUUUUUUUCGAUCAAUCAACAUGAAAGUUGAAAUACAAAAUCACGUCGAUCAUCUUCCGUCGAUCAGCGGUGUCACCGUUCCAUCCACUCAUGAUCCUCACCUGUUGGAUGAAACAUGUCUGAUGCUUUCCAACCUGUUGGCCAAAGGCGGCCGGAUGGCGUCAAAGACCCCCAUGACCUGCGAUGGAGCAGAAAAGGAAAGCAUGGCCUUGUCGGAGAUUGACCGGGAACUUUCAAUUACAGUUAUUACUGAGGCCGACACCGAAGAUGUUCUAGAUCUCUUGAAACGGUUCUUUUUUAAGGACGAGCCCCUCAAUACGUACAUUCAGCUCGGUGAGUGUAAGGAAUUGGAGAACUACUGCACCAAAAGCUUGGGGGAAAAGUCGUCCUUCAAAGCGGUUAACGGUAGAGGCGAAAUCGUUGGGGUAAUUCUCAACGGGACCAUCAUGAAACCGCAACCCGGAGACGACCCUUCGCCGAAACUGGCAGACAAAUGUGAACAUCCCAAGUUUAAGAAAAUCAUGGCGAUGAUGGACCACGUGGAUGAACAGUUCGAUAUCUUCGAGCUAUAUCCGGAAAUCGAUCGGUUUUUGGAUUGCAAAAUUAUCUCAGUUGACACACGGUACCGUGGUAUGGGCAUUGCCGGUAUGUUGACCGAUCGUACGCUUGAAUAUGCAUCGCGGAACGGCAUUAAACUGAUGCACGUCCUAUGCAGCAGUCACUACUCGGCGCGAGUGAUGGAAAAGAUGGACUUUGGUGAGGUGUAUCGCAUGGAGUACGCGGACUAUCGCGUUAAUGGCGAGCAAGUGUUCGAUCCCGAAAAACCCCAUGUAGCGCUGAGAAUUCUCACAAAACGGUUGGAUUAGUAGUACCGCCGGUAGAGUGCCACGCUAGUCUGGUCAACGCUAGGUACACAAAAGCAACAACGCGAUAUCUCCUCCGCAGGGCAGAGUAUUGGCAAACGAUUUUAAUCACCCAUUUAGUCGUUCAUACAGUCAAUUACUCACGAAUGUCGACACUCGGGAUGCGUAGCAAUGAAAGAAAUUAUACAAAAAAUCAUAAAUAUGGUACUAUGUGAUAACGUUUGUGUAUUAAAUGUGCAUCAUUUAAUUAGCAUCGUAGAGGGUAAUUUGGGAAGAAAACAAAAACCAAAAACGCAAUGGUGAAGGUAAUGAGACAUUUUUAUGAAUGUUGCUUCUAAAUGUGUACUUCAGUGAACCAUAAGAUAAUUAUAUAUGCCCAUUGCUU